AUGUACAGGUUAAGAGAGUCAGAAUCAAAGCUCCAAUCACAGGUUCAAGAAACUACAAGACGAGAGAAUGUACUAAAUAUGAGACUAGCUACUAAACAAGAAGAAAUGAGAAAAACCUAUUAUAUUAUUGCUGUUAACUUAGUUUUCAACAAAUGUCGACUGGGACUUAAAGAGUCACGAGAUAAAUUAGAGCAAGCUCAAAACGACUUGAGUGCAUGGAAAUUUACACCUGACAGGUGA